AUGGGUAAUACGAAAGGCGUGUCUUACAACGGCAACUUGUAUUAUCAUUAUUUAAACUACCUUAAAAGAUCCAAUUCAGAAGCUCAAGCAUUUUUACAACGCGACGGUCAAAUUAUUAUUCGUAUGCGUGGUUUACCAUUUGAUGCUACUGCUAAAGAUGUGAUUGAAUUUUUUACUCGUGGCGACGUACCAACACAUGUUGUUGACGGUGAAGAAGGUGUUUUAUUUGUUCAUUAUCCUGAUGGACGAAGUACAGGUGAUGCUUUUGUCAUGCUCAAAACAGAACAUGAAGCAGCACAAGCCUUACUUAAGCAUAAAGAUAUUAUGGGUACACGAUAUAUUGAACUAUUUCGUAGUACAACAGCUGAAGUACAACAGGUAUUUCGUCGAAGUCAAGAUCCGAAAAAUUUUCAAACAUCAUUAAAAGAUAUUCCAUUUGCACCAUUACCGAUGUUACCACCGGAAAUGUUAAGCGGUGCAAAUAAAAAAGAUUGUAUUCGUGUUCGAAAUUUACCUGUAGAAUGUGGUAUUGAACAAAUACUUGAAUUUCUUGGAGUUCAUUCACAGCAUAUUGUAGCACAAGGUGUUCAUAUGGUUUAUAAUGCGCAUGGGCAACCAUCAGGUGAAGCAUUUAUACAAAUGAAUUCGGAAGCAGCUUCAUUCAAUGCAGCAGCACAUAAAAAUAAUAAAUAUUUAUUUUUUAAUGGUAGAAAAAGAUAUAUUGAAGUAAUUCAAUGCUCAGGUGAAGAUAUGAAUCAUAUUUUACUUGGCCUUGUUCCAUCCAAUUUAAUUCCGCCUAAUGUUCCACGUCAACCAAUGUUUUCUCCUCAUCGAGCUGCGCCACUCGUACCAAUUUCUACUAUUCCACCACAAAUGCUUUCACAAACAAUGCCUAUUUCUCUUGCUGCUCCAUCUCAAACAACAACUGUAUCUAAUACUUCUCUGACACCAUGUCAAUCUGCAACUUCAUCUGCUUCGGCCGUUACUGGUCCAAUAACAACGACUGCUAUGAAUGGAAUUCAUCCGAAUACAACUUAUUAUCCUAUGCAAGUUUUCUAUUAUCCUACACCGCCUAUAUCUCCAUCAAUCUAUUUACAAACUGGACAAAUGCAUCCAGGACCUGUUACACUUGUUCUACGAGGUAAUUUUUAA